ACACGAUGAUACACUAGUAAAUUUAUUUCCUUAAAUCUCCUCGAGUCUAGAUGCUUAAGUUUUACUAGGGUUUUUCGUUCUCAACGUUGUCGCCGUGAAUCAUCAAGUUUGUGGAACUUCAAUUCGGCUCUUCUCCACUUCAGAAAGAGUCUCACGGGUUGGGGGAUCGAUAUCAAAUUUCCCUUAGAUGUGUCUGGAUUUGUUGGUUCCUGUAACGGGUUGAUUUGUUUAUCCGUCAAUAUGGAGUACGACAGCAUCUGGUAUCACGAGGAGCCUAAUGAACCUUUGUACAUCUGGAAUCCCAUCACCCGAGAGAUCGUCGCUCUUCCACCAAUUGCCAACAAAAAUUUGGUUAGCCUUGUGCAUGGAUUUGGUUACCAUCCUUUGACUAAGGAGUACAAGGUUGUCAGGAUUUCAUACCGCAGUAAGAGCAUGGAUGCGCCCCCCUGCAAAGGAAAGGUAGAGGUAUAUACUGUUGGCAGUGGCAGCGGGUGGAGGAAUGUAUUAAAAAUCGAUUACCUUAUAGAACCUAGUGGUGAAAACAUGAAUAAUUGUGUUAAUGGUGCUCUUCAUUGGCUCAAGUAUGAAACUGGGGAGAUUGUGGCUUUUGAUCUGGCGGAUGAGGAGUUCCACCUGGUUGAGUUCCACCUGGUUCAUACACCACCAGGUUUGUCCCAUGACAGCAAUAAAGCAUUGUCGUCCAGAAUCUUUGUAAUGAGAGGAUGUUUAUGUCUUGCUUAUGAAUAUGAAUUCUAUGGUGACUUAUGGAUGCUAAAGAAGCAGGAGAAUGCAGUAACUAGUGAUUUUUACAAUGCGAAAGACCAGUACUACAAGUCUCGGAAAUGGAUUAAAGAGAUAGAAAUACCAUAUGAAGAUUUAAAUCACGCCUUGAAGAUUUUUGGCCUCACCAAGGAAGGUGCAGUAGUACUGAAGCACGAAGAUGGGUCUAUGACUCUAUAUCACCCAAAAUUUAAUGCAAGGGUUGGUGAUUCGACUUUAUCCAACUGAUAUCACACAUCAACAGCUUUGUUUCAUUGAAAGCACUGGGAGAAGUAAAUGUUGCCACGCCCGAAAGAUAUACAGAUGACGUAAAUGUUGUCACGCCCGAAGGGUAUACAGAUGACAGUGAUGGUGGUCGGAGGAAGAGGAAGAGGAAGAGAAAGAGAACAAGGGCAGUUUAGCAUCAGAAUUUGAAGAUUACUAUACUUUAUAGAUUUUACAUACUCUGCUCUCUUUAUCUCUUUUCGUAGUUAACCUUUUCUUUUUGUUCUGGUGAGUUGCUUUUUUAUAUCUGAAAUAUGAAGACAUUUUCGGCUUAUUUGUUGAAUCAGCCCAGAAUAAGGAAAUUCCAUUGAAUUAAAUGAAAAAUGUCUGGUAAUUAACAUUCU